CCGACGCCAAAGGGUUAAUAAAAACAUUCCGAGGUCGCUUAUCGGAGCAAAAUUUCUCAAGCCCAGGGGCAGUGACAGUCCAGUGCUGGUGCAAGAUGGUUGGUGGCGGAAAGUUCGGACCCCUUGUGGGUGCAAUUGACGAGGGAACAUCCUCAGCCAGAGUUAUUCUGUUUAAAGUUGAGACUUCUGAGGUUGUCUGCUAUCACCAGAAGGAGAUCAGGCAGAUUUAUCCUCAAGAAGGCUGGGUGGAACAAGAUCCCAAUGAAAUCCUCGAGGCUGUUCAGGAAUGUCUCGAGCGGACAGUGGAGAAAUUGCGUGAGUUGGGAGGUCAAAAGGAGGACAUUGUGGCUCUGGGUGUGACCAAUCAACGGGAGACGACUGUGGUGUGGAACAAGAAGGAUGGACGACCUCUGCACAAUGCCAUCGUGUGGCUGGAUAUGCGGACAUCUGCCACGGUGGACGAAUUGCUGGAUAAAGUGCCCAACAAGACGAGGAAUAAGAAUUACCUAAAGCCUCUCUGCGGCCUGCCCCUGUCACCCUACUUCAGUGCCGUGAAGCUGCGGUGGCUGAUUGAGAAUGUGGCUCGAGUCCGGGAAGCUGUGAAGGCUGGGAAUUGCCUCUUUGGUACAAUUGACACCUGGCUUCUGUGGAACCUCACAGGAGGCGUUCAGGGGGGUCAACAUGUCACAGACGUCACCAAUGCCUCUCGCACCAUGCUCAUGAAUAUCGAGACUCUAAGAUGGGAUGCCAAACUCUGCAGCUUCUUUGAAAUCCCAACGACAGUUCUGCCAGAGAUCCGAUCAAGUUGUGAGGUCUAUGGUCACAUGGCAAGUGGAGUACUUAAGGGGGUUCCUCUGUCAGGGUGUCUGGGGGAUCAGCAAAGUGCCUUAGUGGGACAACAGUGCCUGGAAAGAGGCCAGGCGAAAGCUACUUACGGUACAGGGUGUUUUCUGCUCUACAAUACAGGAACUGUUUUUGUUGACUCCACCCAUGGGCUCCUGACCACUGUGGCUUACCAAAUUGGUCGAGAAACGCCUCCCGUGUAUGCCCUGGAGGGAUCCGUGGCAAUUGCAGGGGCAGCUCUGGGCUGGCUGAAGGAUAACAUGGAGAUAAUUGCAAGUGCCAAGGAAUCCGAGGCUCUGGCCAGAAGUGUGGAUAAUACUGGAGAUGUCUACUUUGUUCCAGCAUUUAGUGGCCUCUAUGCUCCCUAUUGGAACCAGGAGGCUCGGGGAGUUAUCUGUGGGAUCACAGAAGACACCCAACAGAGCCACAUUGUACGUGCCACGUUGGAAGCUGUCUGCUUCCAAGUACGUGAUAUUCUCCUGGCCAUGAACAGUGAUUGCGGUAUUCCUCUGCAGAAGCUCCGUGUGGACGGAGGAAUGACAGAAAAUCGGCUACUGAUGCAGCUCCAGUCCGAUCUAAUUGGUCUGGAGAUCAUUAAGCCCAAGAUGGCAGAAACAACGGCUCUGGGAGCAGCUAUGAUGGCUGCCUGUGCUGUGGGCAAAUGGGAUGUGAAGUCCAUCGAAGUGCCCAUGGAGAGCAUAAAGUAUGAGCCAAAAAUCGGAGUUGAUGAGCGUGAUAUGCGCUACUCAAAGUGGAAGAUGGCCGUGGAGAAGAGCUUUGGCUGGGACAUUUGACCCUCAGUAGCCUCGAAUCAGACAGCUGAUGAUUGGUGCUGAGAGCAGAAGAUCUCAACAAAAAAUUAAACAACAAUUUUAUACUUGUCCUUAUAAUUCCUCAAAUAUUUUUUUUUCUACAAAAAUUCACAUCUCUCUUUCAGAGAACAUCCAGGAGUUUCUUUUUUAGAGCAAUUUGAGUUUGCCAAUACAGUUCCUCAUCAUCAAUGUUGACGCAUAAGCUAUGAUUUUUAUCAUUUUAUUUUAGUGGAUUUUAGUCAUUUUUUUGCAAUAUUUUAUAAAUUAUUUUAUGUUUUUAUGCGGGAUAAUUCUUAAUUUUUAGUAAGUUGUAAGAUACAAUAUAUAUAUAUAUAUUUUUGGCAGGAACUGUAACUCCAAAUCUCUCAAAAUUGCUCAGUCCAAAUAGUAUACAAAAUCUAUAAAUAUAUUCUGGAUGAGGCUUAUAAUUCCAAGGACUCAAUAUCACUUAUAAUCAAUUUGUAAAAAAUGCCUUUUUAAAAACAUUUACACAAUAAAAUGAACAAAAUUAUUAUACGA